AUGAGGAUAUUAGUAGAGUUUACGAUCAUUGAUCUAUCCAAGAAUGGAUUUGAUGGAAGUAUUCCAGGUUCAGUUGGGAAUCUCCAAUCUUUGAAAUACUUGAAUCUUUCACAUAACAAGCUCAUUGGAUCAAUCCCUACGUCGUUUGGGAAUUUAAAGCCGCUUGAAGCUUUAGAUCUUUCCUCGAACCAAUUGGUGGGAAAAAUUCCGACAAAGUUAGUUAGAUUGACAUCUCUUGCAAAGUUAAACCUUUCAUGGAAUCAUCUUACCGGGGCUUUACCUUGGAGUUUUCAGUUUCAAACAUUCGACAGCACAUCGAAUCUAGGCAAUCAUGAAUUGUGUGGAGAUCUUUUUGAAGAAAGGAAAUGUGAUAAUGGUGGCAAGAUGCAGCCUUUGUAUGACACAGAUUAA